AUGAAAUUUGAUUCAGGAGAAAAAAAGCACAGUGAAUUUAAAAAUGAGAUUACCAAACACCUCAACGAAUUCUAUACACAAAAAAAUAUAUCACUGCAAAACCAAAGUGGUUCUGGUUGCAAAUCCAGACAAUCUAAAUUAAAUUUUAACAAUCUAAACAUUCCAGCUGUAUCGCAAAAAACAGCAGACAAGGUUAUCAUGGAUUUUAUAAUUGACACCUUCCAACUACUGUCUCUGGUUGAUGAUCCUUCAUUUGAAAAAAUGAUUAAAACUUUUUCUCCUGCGACAAAAAUUAUUUGUCGCCAAACACUGGGCAACAGGAUAUCUACUUCCUUCUCUUAUAUGACGACAAAUCUUAUAAGAGAUUUGUCUGAAGUUUCGUAUGUAUGCACCACUGCUGAUUGUUGGAGUGGUCAUCGAAGGGCUUUUAUUGGACUUACUGCACAUUGGCUGGAUCCGUUAACCCUCAAGAGAAGGUCAGCCGCUUUGGCACUGAGGAGGAUAAUUGGGAGGCAAACAUAUGAUGUUUUGGCCAAUGAAAUCAUGGGUAUCCACAAGUUCUAUAAAAUUCAUAAUAAGGUGGUGAAGAUGGUGACUCACAAUGGAACCAACUUUGUCACAGCAUUUAAAGUUUUUGGAGAAAAUGAAGAAGAUAGUAGUGAGGAUAUGGAAUUGAUAAAUUUGGAUGACAUAUUAUCCGUUGAUGACCCAAUUAUUCCUACUAUCAGCCUACCAAGACAUCAACGUUGUUGUUGCCAUAAUCUUAACCUUAUUGCAACAACAGAUGCGGAGAUGGCAGAUAGUGAUCUCAAUUUUAAACGAAUAUCUAGAUCCACUUUUGCAAAAUGUUUUGCUUUAGUUAAUAAACAAAAUAUGUCGUCAAAAAUGGCGGAUAUUUUAUUGGAGAAAUUGGGAAGAUAUUUAAUAGCUCCCAACAAGACAAGAUGGAAUUCUCAUUACCAAUCCAUGAAAUUAAUAGAUAAGAUGCUUUCUGAAAAGUUUUCAGAAGUAGAACAAGUUAUGGAACCUUUGGCGAUCUCGUUAAAAAUCUUGGAACAGGAGGAUAAUAUGGAGCAGGAAUAUCUAACUCCCGUUCUACCGAUAUUGAUAGAUAAAUUAACGAAAUUUAGCUGCCUGCGGUAUUGUCAGCCCCUUGUAGAUAGUGUUCUUAGAGGUAUUGAUAAAAGAUUUCCUUCACUGUAUGAAGACAGUAACAUUUUGGCAGCCAUGAUUCACCCUAAAUUUAAACUUAAUUGGCCUUAUAUUAAUCUGCCACAAAAUAUGAUGGUAAAAGAAAGAUUAGUUGCCCAUUUGGAAAAUAUGCAGGAACAACCAUAUGCGGAUACCUCAAAUGAAUGUAUGGAUGACAUUGAUGCUUUUUGGGGGAAAAAUACUGCUAACCCAACCUUGAUCCCUCACAUUGCUACAAAACAUGAUACUUCUAUUAAAGAUAAGCAAAGAAAAAAAUGGCGACACAAACGCCUUACCCGUUCUAGAAAUACAGGUAUGCAGGAUAAUAAGGACCUACGCCUGAUAUUAACUCCCCUGCAGAUACUUUCAACUGAUAUUUCUAUAACCACUACCACAUUCCCUAUGGCACCUCUACCAUGCAUAUUUCGACAUAUAUUUGAUGACCACCACUCACCUAUAUUAGAUAUCGGAAACAUGACAGAAAUAUGCGCCUUCUGCAAUGCUAAAAUGUGGAAUGGAGAAAAAUUAUCAAAAAGCUCGUGUAGAAAUAUUCAGUUUUCUACAUGUUGCUUGAAUGGGAAGGUUCAUCAUCGCAUUGGUUCACUCCUACCAACAUUAGGGGAAACACCUAAAUUUGCUCAAUUAUAUAUACAUGAUAGUAUAAAUGAGAUAGAAAACAGACAUAACCAGGUCCCGUUUUUAGAUCGUUGUCUUUUAAUGGAAUUGCAGGAUAUUGUUCACACCUACAACCCCUUUGCUUCUCAAUUUUUGAGAGUAUCUUCUAUGAUCGCUAAUGGCGUUCCUAACAUAUCCUUAAACUUAAAUUAA